AAUGGACCUGAGAAAACAAUUUCAUUGUAAGGCCCAUUGAUAUCCUGCAUAACCCUAAUUUGAGUGAGUAGCAUAUAUAUAAUCGCUCUUCGCCGCAGUGUAUUUCGUCUCUGGAAAUUCCGUUUGAUUCGAGCUCGACAGAGGAAUCGGAAAUGGCAGAAUCGAAGGUUGUAGUUCCGGAGUCGGUGCUGAAGAAGAGGAAGAGAGAGGCGGAGUGGGAUUUGGAGAAGAAGCAGAAUGCUGAAGCUGCCAAGAAGAAGAACGCCGAGAACAGGAAGCUCAUCUACAAAAGAGCCGAGCAGUACUCCAAGGAGUAUGCCGAGAAGGAAAAGGAGUUGAUCUCUUUGAAACGUCAAGCCAAGCUGAAAGGAGGUUUCUAUGUUGACCCUGAAGCUAAGCUUUUGUUCAUCAUUCGUAUCCGUGGUAUUAAUGCCAUUGACCCAAAGACAAAGAAGAUUCUCCAGCUCUUGCGUUUGAGACAGAUCUUCAAUGGAGUUUUCCUCAAAGUCAACAAGGCUACAAUGAACAUGCUUCGUCGAGUUGAGCCCUAUGUGACUUACGGGUUCCCUAAUUUGAAGAGUGUUAAGGAAUUGAUCUACAAAAGAGGAUACGGAAAGCUUAACCACCACAGGGUUGCUCUAACUGACAACUCUAUCGUCGAGCAGGCUCUGGGUAAACAUGGGAUCAUCUGCACUGAGGAUUUGAUCCACGAGAUUCUUACAGUGGGACCUCAUUUCAAGGAGGCCAACAACUUCCUGUGGCCCUUCCAGCUCAAGGCACCGCUCGGUGGCCUGAAGAAGAAGAGAAAUCACUACGUUGAAGGUGGUGAUGCCGGAAACCGUGAGAACUUCAUCAAUGAGCUUAUCAGGAGGAUGAAUUAGAAUGUUUUGUUUGCCAAUCUCAGUCUUAUCUCUGUUAUCUUCACUUGAUGCUUCCUCCUGGAUAAUUUUGAUCUUCUUUAUUAAGUUAAAAGACAUUUUGAGCUUUCUCCUUUGUUUUCUUUGGAUAUUAGUUUGGGCUGUAGACAUCUCCAGUAAUUCUACACUAUCUUUAAUCGGUGUUUUAAGAAAAAGUUUUACUUUA